CCCUCCCCCACUUGCCUAACCCCCACCCCCACCGCGACGCCGCUUUUCCCCGCCUCGAAGCAUCGUCGUCCACCCCGUCGCCGGCGAAGAUGAUGCCCGGCGGUGGCUACACCGCCCUCGACGACCCCAAGGCCUCCGGAUCCGUCCCGGCGGCGGCGGGGCCAGAUCCGCCGACCAUCAAGUUCGCCGACUCCAACCUCCAGACCUUCCCGCCGUCCGAGGCCAAGGGCAAGAUCUCCGGCGCCUACCGCCCGCCCACCGACGCGGACGACUCGUUCUCCUCCAAAUCCGCUGGCGGCCGAGGCGGCGGCGCUGGGUCGGACGAUGCCGGGCAGGGCGGCUGGUUCCGGAUGUUCUCCGUCGCGGCGUACAAGCGCUACUUCGACGUCGACACCUCCGACGUGGUGGAGAGGAUCUGGGAGUCCGUCUUCCCCUUCCGCGGCACCUUCACCGAGAAGACCUCCGAGCACCCCGACCUAUAUGGGCCAUUCUGGACAUGCACCACCCUUAUUUUCGUUGCUGCAUCCAUUGCCACAUUUGUCACCUACCUGUCCCACAAAUGGCAUAAGAAGGAGUGGAACUAUGAUAUUAACCUGGUUACAUGGUCUGCUGGCUUAUUCUAUGGCUACGUGACAUUUGUUCCCCUUGGCUUAUACGUCAUCCUUAAGUACUUCUCAGCACCUGCUGGACUAGUGCAACUAUGGUGCCUGUAUGGAUACUCUCUGUUCAUCUUCAUUCCAGCAUCGCUCCUGUCUAUUGUGCCGAUAGAAAUAUUCCGGUGGGUGAUUGCUGGCGUCGCUGGGUUUAUGUCUGCUACCUUCGUUGCUAUGAAUCUGCGUGCUCACAUUGUAAAUUCUGGAGAGCGAUGGUUCUUGAUCGUCGCAGGGAUAUUCUUGUUGCAGUUGGGGCUAGCUGUUUUGCUGAAACUCUAUUUCUUCACGAUAACUGUAUAGGGACUGCCAUAUUUGCUUGUAUUAGUCAGGAAUGGAUAUACAGUUUUUCCAGGUCGAAUUGAUCCCCGAUCCGUUGAUGUAAUUUUCCAAGUAUACAACCAUCUUACAUGUGACAUUGUGACAAGACGGAAAGACCACUUCGCUAGUCUAUGAAACUCAUAUUACAAACAAAGGGUUGGUCUUGCAUUGUUACGAGGUUAAGGCUUAAAUAGCCUCCUUUUGUAGCCCAUUUAUGUUCCAUCAUUUUAAUCAAUUAAUAAUUACAAAUGGAGGUGUCGUUGGCUCCCUUAAUUAA